CCUGGCUUUAGAGCCAGCCUCCUCCUUCGCGACUAGUGUGAACAGUGUGUCGCUCCUCUCCCUUCACGCGGACGCCCCCUCCACCUCGCCCAGGAUGCAUUACCUAGUGCCUGGGUCAUGGUCGCCGUCACAGGCACCCUCGACCCCACCCCCCGCCUGCCCGCCUUCCCUCUUUCCCUCCCCCCAGCCGCUGCCCACACGCGCCCCGAGGCCGCAGGUGCGGACGCGGCGAGAUUCCACGCGCGCAGGGACUGGCCGGCCGGGACAGCGGGGCAGGCGAGGCGAGACCGCAGGGCGUCCCCAGGCUGAUGUCGCAGAUUGUACCAUUAUAGCCCAGAAACAUGAAGGUAAUAAACAGGCCCUACUGUUGCAGGGAGCUUGAAGGAGCUGACCUACUGUCAGACACGUUUUACUCUAAUGAACUGCACACUCCACUGCUGACAUCGACUCGCCCAACUGCCUCAGGGGACAGGUAUCAGGAAUUCAGGGAGUCACUCCCACAGUGUCGGCUUCCAUGGGGUGCUGAGAGGGAGUAUGGGGGGAUGAUUCCAGUUGCACUCCCUGAGGAGCACAGGCCCAAAUGUGAACCUCCUUGUGUCAUGGGCAAAGGACAUCAGCAUUACGGAUUUGGUGGAGAAAUGCAUCCAAGAAAGCUUCCUGUAGAACAGUUCUAUUACUUGACACAGAACAAAAAAAGUGACAUCUAUGGAAAUGAUUCUUUGUUGCCCAAACCACCAAAUUCAACAAUAGAGGAAAUCUGCUCGCCAUAUCCAAUCGAACACCCAUAUCAUACACACACCUCUCGUGGUGCCAUGUUCCCGACCUUCACGUCCCCAAAGGAGCUGUACCCAGACAUUAAAGCCUGCACCCAUGGACCAUUUCCUCCCACGGUGCCAACCAAGGCUUAUGAUACAACAGUUUUGAAGACAAGAGGUAAUCCUUACAGAUACGAACUGCUUGAUUUCCCCAUGGAUUCAAAGAAGAAAGCAUUAACUUGGCCGGGUCAGGAUGUAUAUUAUGAUUUUCCUAAAUGUCUUGAGAAAAAUAAGCCAAUGUUCUACCCAAAACCACCUAAAACCUUUGCUCCUAACACAUCUUUAAACUCAUGGGAUGUUAUGAAUUCUGCAAAGGAAGCCAACAUAAAAAGGAAUCUUGAAAGGUCACAUUGGAUUACUUCAUACAAUCAUGAUUUUACAGGUCUGGGACCCAUGACCCCCCUUGAACUGGAUGAUUACCAUGCAAAGGAAGUAGCAGCCCUAACAGGACAGACAGAAUUUGACCCACUGCCUCAAGAAAAAUUCCAUCCUGUCUUUAAGCCUUCCAGACCCCUGGAAGGGAGAAUUGCCCGACUUAAUCAGAACCGACGUCCUCUGGAGGCUACUAUCCAUCGGAGACCAGCUUCCUGUCCAGAUUGUACUCCUAGAGUUCUGUGUAAUUUUCAUACCUUUGUACCUAGUUCUACAGAAAUGCUGGCACUAAGCAAUAAUGUACCAUCUGGUGUGACCCGUAGAAACCAGGAUAUUGAAGACAAGAUUAAGGAAGAACAAAGCUUGCUGUCUACUUAUACACUCCCAUCUUGUAACUCGGCGAAAGAUCUGACUAGCAUUUAUGAUAUAAAACCAUUUUCAAAAAUCACAGAUACUCAAAAGACAGAAGAUUUGUAUUGGAGGCAACUGUCAUUAAAACCCCCACCAACACCUUACUAUAAAUCAAAUGAUUACAUUAACUAUGAUCAUUUCAAGUCUACUUUACGUGACCCAUAUGCUAUAUGUCAAAACCCCAUUAGGCUUAGUAAACCUAGUAUUUUGCAAAAUGUACCAGACAUGGAAGCUUGCGCUUUAGAACAUUUUUUAAAUACACCAGAAGAACAACUGGGCAUGAACAUAGAAAGCAAUGAAGAAACAAGACCUUUUUUGGGUUGGAUUCCUAGAACAGCUAGAACAGUUGCCAAGCCUCACACCAACCUAUUGGAUCUUAAGAACUCUUUUUCUAAAACCGGUGCCCAAAAGCGUUUUCAUAAUUCAAUCCUAGAAGACCAUAAAGACCUCAGAGAUAAAGACCAUUCAGGGAUGAAACACCAAUUCUAUGGACAUAAUUCCUAUUAUUUCUAUAACUGAGAUAUUCCUUCUCUUCACAACCCAUCCUCUUUUGAGAGAAGAAAAAAAAUAACAGUUUCUUUCAUUUUGCUCGGUACUAUUUCUAAAGCCAUGAACACCUUGUUAAUGAGGUUCAUGUUUUCAGGAAUUUAAGUUAGGAUCUAAUCAGAAGAACUUUGAAAAAGUGAUGUUCUGACUUCUUGAACAGUUUAACAACUUAUCAAUAAAUAUUUGAUCCAGAG